GAUGUGGUCAAACCCGAGAUCUCUAGCCACUGUCCCAACUCUGAUGUAUUUUCAUAGAUCUAUAGUUUGCAGCAUGGAAACAGGCCCUAGACCCAUCUUGUCCUUGUCAAUCAGGAUACCUAUCUGAUCUCUUCUAAUGCGUCUGCAUUCGGACCAUUACCCUCUAACUUUUCCUGUCCAUGUACUCUGCAAAUGUGUUUUAAACAUUGUAAUUACCCACCUCUACCACCUCCCCGGCAGUUCAUUCUACAUAUCCACCACCUUCUGCGUGAGAAAUUUCCCCUCCAAUCUCCGUUAAACCUUUCCCCUCUCACCUUAAAUCUAUACUGUCUAGUUUUAGACUCCCCCAACCAGGGGCUAAAAAAGGCUGUGAAUACCUAACCUCUCUAUGCUCCUCAUCAUUUUUAUAAACCUCUGUAAGGUCACUCUUCACCCUCCUAUGUUCCAGGCGUUAACAGUCCCAAGCUAGUCAGUCUUUCCCUAUAACUCCAGCCCUCCAAUCCAGGAAAACCUCCAGAUUAAUCUAUCCAUACUGCUUCCAGCUUAAUGACAUCCUUGUUAUAGUCUAAUGGCCAAAACUGCACACUACAUCCCUGGUAUGGCCUAACCUGUGCUAUGUACAACUCUAACAUGACUCAGCCAAUGAGAGCAAGUGAGCCACAUGCCUUCUUCACCGUCCUGUUUAGCUGUGUCACCAUUUCUAGCAAACUAUGUACCUGUAGCCCUCGGUCACUUGUUGGUCUUCCAGCACAUCAAGAUGACCGUUAAGGAGUGUUGCUGAAUGGCACAUUCCGGCUUGUAGCAGUACGUGCUGAGAGAUGCACUGAAACUCAGGUGUGGCCAAAGCAAAGGCUUUUUGGGGAAGGGCAACAGUCUGAUAUCAUAAGAACAUAAAAAUUUGGGCAGGAGUAGGCCAUCUGGCCUGUCAGACCUGCUCCACCAUUCAAUAAGAUCAUGGUUGAUCAGGCCAUGGACACAGCUCCACCUACCUGCCUCUUCCCCAUAACCCUUAAUUCCCCUACUAUGUAAAAAACUAUCCAACCUUGUCUUAAAAAUAUUUACUGAGGUAGCCACUGCUUCAUUGGGCGGAGAAUUCCACAGAUUCACCACUCCUCGGUAAAAGCAGUUCCUGCUCAUCUCCUUCCUAAAUCUACUCCCCCGAACCUUGAGGCUAUGUCCGCUAGUUCUAGUCUAACCUACCUGGGUAAACAACUUCCCUGCCUCUAUCUUAUCUAUCCCUUUCAUAAUUUUAUAUGUUUCUAUAAGAUCUCCUCUCAUCCUUCUGAAUUCCAGCGAGUACAGUCCCAGGCAACUCAAUCUCUCCUCAUAGUCUAUCCCCCUCAUCUCUGGAAUCAACCUGGUGAACCUCCUCUGCACCACCUCCAAAGACAGUAUGUCCUUCCUCAAGUAAGGAGACCAGAACUGCACGCAGUACUCCAGAUGUGGCCCCACCAGUACCCUGUACAGUUGCAGCAUAACCUCGCUGCUCUUAAAUCCAAUUCCUUGAACAAUGAAGGCCAACAUUCCAUUUGUCUUCUUGAGAGCCUGCUGCACCUGUAAAGCAACCUUCUGUGAUUCAUGCACAAGCACUCCCAAGUCCCUCUGCACGGCAGCAUGCUACAAUAUUUUAUCAUUUAAAUAAUAAUCUGAUCUUCCAUUUUUCCUUCCAAAGUGGAUGAUCUCGCAUUUACCAACAUUGUGCUCCAUCUGCCAGACCCCUGCCCACUCGCUUAACCUAUCUAUAUCUUUCCGCAGACUCUCCAUAUCAUCUGCACAAUUUUCUUUUCCACUCAAUUUAGUAUGAUCAGCAAACUUAGAUAUACUACAUUUGGUUGCCUCUUCCAGAUCAUUAAUGUAUAUUGGGAACAGCUACUGAAUGAGAUUCUUCUGCUACUGUACACAGAAGGGCUGAAUCAGCUGGGGUAGAGUCUCACACAUUGAAAUAGUGUAUUAUCAUCCCCAGGGGGAUGUCACGAGUGACAAUGGUGAUGUAGCUUUAAAAAUAUCAAUUAACACUAUUGAAUGUGAUGACCUUGAAUGAAAUAUAUUUUGCACUGUUUAAUUCUUGGUAUAUAGUUUUAUUAUGAAUGCAGGUGAAUUUUGAAAUGAAUACAAGUAAUUUGAGACAGAAGUCAAUCAGUAUCAUUGAAUGGAAUGAGCUUCUCAGAGAGCCAAGAGAUAUUCACAACACAGAGGGGACCCUUCAAGGUGUCAUACUGUUGUGUCCAGCCUGUGGUGAGCCCAAAGUGGCAGUGCGGCGAGACGGCGAGCACGGGGCCAGAGUCCAAUUGACAAGAUCCAGGCUCAGCAAAACUUUAACAUUCAGCAGAUUACAGGUGUGGCGCCUCAUUGCUGUUGGAUCGCAAUGUUCGUAUCUGAAAACAAAUAACCACAAUCUGGAAGCGGUUACUAUGCGAGUGAGCGAUCAGACUGAAGACAUGCGUAUCAACACGCUCCGCAAAAUGGAUGGGAUCUGUUGGAACAUUAAGCAAGACUACAAGAAGGCUGUGACCCCAGGGCGAUUCUCAAGGAAAAAUCGGGGACUGACCACUGACAUUGUGGUCGGUGAAACAGACUACACCAAUUACGCAAUACUCUUCUUUCAGCAAAGACGGAAAAUCACUGUCAAACUCUAUGGGAGAACCUCUAAUGUCGAUGAAGCUGUAGAGACCAAGUUUCAACAACUUGCUACCAGCAACAACAUCCCAGAAAUAUUCAUCUACGCGUUCCCUCAAUAUGGGUUCUGUGAUGCCGCUGAUGAGUUUCAUCAACUUGAUGACGAUUUUGGAAAAUCUUAAAGCCAGAUGCGUUGAGCCAUGCUCACUCUGCCCGCAGAUGGUUUGUGAUUUCUCUACUGAUGGAUCUGAUCAGCACCCUGCCAAUUGAUCAAAUAAAGUUGGGCAUGGCAUUAAAUCCUGGUGAUCUCCUUUACUCCUGUAGUCACUUGCCCUUCUAUCUAGAAUCUAUGGCAGAGGGAUUUCCUUUAGUCAGGAGUUCCUGACCAUCCGUGUGGCUGGCAGAGCUGAAGGAGGAAGGAAAUCUGGUAACAGAAUCUACUUCUGAACUUCUAUCGAGGCAAGGACUGGACCAUUAGUUUCUGGUACAUUGCAACAGUCUUUGUCCCAUGUCUGCUGCUGAUGGUUCUCAAGUUGAUCCUGAGGAAGAAGCAGGGGAAAUUGUGCCCCUCGGUAAAUUCAUGAGCUGUGUGACUAAACCACAUGAUUCAUCUUUUACAAUCGUGGCUGCACCACUUCUCCAGAGUUGCCAUCUUACCUCUUCCACUUUUGACCUCAUUACGAACCACUUCUUCAGUCACCUUUUCCAACCAUCUUCCUUCUUCCACCUCCAACACUUCCCUAACCACCUUCUCCUCUGACUUCCCUCGACUCACUGAGUAAUGAUAAUGAGACAGUACCGGUACACAUAAGCAUUAAGGAAUACUUCCAGAUGAGACAUGGAGCAGGGAAAUAGUGGUUAAAAAUAGACUUGAAGGUUGUAUCUGAAGUGUUCAUAACACGGUGAAUGUCAUGAAUAGAAACAAAUGAAUACAAUCAAAUUUACAUUGUGCAGAUGUAGUUGCAAAUUGACCAACAUUGGAAAUUAAAUAUUCCAGGAUACUUGGGUUUUGGAAGGGAAAAGGGAGAUGUCAGGGGUGAGUGCGUGGAAUGGGCUGCUGGUGACGGUGGUGGAGGCUGAUAUGAUAGAGUCUUUUAUGAGACUCCAGGAUAGGUACAUGGAGCUUAGAAAAAUAGAGGGCUAUGGGUAACCCUAGGUAAUUUCUAAGGUAGGGACAUGUUUGGCACAGCUUUGUGGGCCAAAGGACCUGUAUUGUGCUGUAGGUUUUCUGUGUUUCUAUGUUUCUAUGUAAAAUGCAAACGGAGGAAUGUCCCUGGAAAGAAAGGUAUUUGAAGGAUGAUAUUGGAUGGAGAAUAAAGUAUAAUUAACUUUGGAGGAACUAGGAAGCAGUGAGGGCAGACGUCAUUUGUGCACAGGCUCCCGACCAGGAGUGAUAAUGCAGGACAAAGCAUAAGGCAGAAAAUGUAACAGGGUUAAUACAAUCAUUGCCAGGGACUUUAAUGUGAGCAUAAACUGGACAAACCAAAUAGUGUCGAAGUGAAAUUAAUCAAGUGUGUAUGGGGUAGUUUCUGUGUCAGAAUAUUGAACAUAGUUUUCCAGUUUAAGGUGGUGCUGGUGAAUUUCAGCAACUACUUGCUGAGGCCAAUGAAACAAAGAAAACAACUCAGUACUUUGUUAAUCGCACCUUUUCUGUUAAAAGAUCACCGCAAACAAUAGCCUGCAACUUCCCUUUGGCUGGAGGCAAUUCAAUGCGGCAGUACUGAUGUGAGGCGAGGCAGCAGGAAAGACGCAAGGUUCGAUGGAUUUAAGCUGAAAUGGAAAGGUUGGGUACAGGCUGAAUCGAGGUGGCAGAAUCCAGGCCCCAGAGCAUAUCAAAGCAACACAACCCGACGUUUGGAUAACGAUUUAAGUGCCAGGUGACCAAGUCUGGAAAGGUCAGGCACAGGCUGAAUCAAGGCAGUGGGGCCCAGGCCCCAGAGUGUAUCCAAGCCUCUGAACCCAAUGUUGAGAUGAUGAUUUAAGUGCCAGGCCAGACUGAAAAGGUCAGGGUAUCAGGGCCCGAGGCGAGGGUCAGGCUGGUUCAGCUACCUGCAGUUAUGGGAUGCUCUGGGAUUUAGACGCUCUAACUUCCCAGAGUACGGAUAACUGGCGCGGCCCUUUUAAGGGUCUGGGAUGGUCCCACUAAUCAUGGGUGCCAAGAAUCGUAUAUUUAAGGAACAUCUGAACUGAGGUUCGGUGCUCAGUUGUAGGCCCUACUAGUGAUUUCGUCUAGCGAUUCUUUUAUGCCCAGUUCUCGAUCCUGGCUUCGGACACUCCAGCAUCUGGGCCCUAACCAUCCUCGUCAAGCACUCUUGUCACAGUAAGAUUGAGCCAACAUGGACCCAGUGGGGUAUCAGAGCCUUUCGUCAGCUGUAGCCAACAACAGCAAGACAACCUCAACACAGAACCUGGAGAUGCACGAGCCCGAGGUCGCUAUGUGUCAGCUAAUGCAGGGAGGAAGCCAAAGUCGCUCACGUGAGGCUGUUGGUCGCACUGCGGAGUCUGUACAUCUUCCAACCCUAGAGAGAUUCGAUGGCGACCCAGGUUCCUGUCACCACUUCCUCGUCCAGUACUCAUUAGUGUUUGAACUCCAGCCACCUGCGUUCCCUCCGGAGUGUGGAAAGGUGGCCUUCAGUAUCUCUCUUCUGACUGGCAGAGCCCUGGCCUGGGCCACCGCGCAUUGGGAUCAUAGGUCAAGGAUUUGCUCGGAUUCGUGGCUGCCAUGAGGAAGGUGUUUCAUCACCCGACCGGACCGCCUGAUGAAGAUUCAGUGAGGAGUGACGGUCAGCAGCCGACUAUCUGCCAGGAGAGUGAUUGGAACAGGGAGGCCUUGGCCACGCUAUAUUGCCAUGGACUUUGAGAUGAACUGAAGGAUGCCCUUGCCUUGGGAGAGCCAGCAGAUAAUUUAGUUCUUAUCGGCCAGUUUAUCUGUCUGGCCGAGCAAAAGUUCAGGAGGGUGAAGCCAGCCAAUCUGAGCCCAGUCCCUACGAAUUGCAGUACCACUCCCAACCUCAGACCACGACCAGCCCAUCGCCUACUCAAGACCCAGCUAGCCCAUGCAGGUCAGUUGCACUAGACUCUCCGAUGAGAGAUCCCCGCAUCAGAGUUAAGGUUGCUGCUUUUACUGCAUGAGCAGGUCACCUGUAGGUCGAAUGUCUGAAGCUGCAGUCACCUAGGGAACUAUAAGACCACCUAUUGUCGGGAAGACUGACAGUAGCACCCACUAUGCCCAAUCCCCACAGAUUCUGGUUUCCUACUGAAGGUGGAAUUCACCUGGGACAAGAACUCGAGGCAGGUGAAGGUAUUUGUUGACUCUAGGGCAGUGGGCAAUUUUCUGGAUUUAGGAACUGCCCGUCGGUUCGACAUGCCGCUGCGAGAGUUGAUCCCGCCCAUGCCCGCAGCUGUCUUGGACGGCCACCCACUGGGUUCCGGGCAGAUCCAGCAACAAACUGUGGUCUUGUGGAUGAGGAUGGGAAAUCAUGUGGAAGACUUUCGUUUCUACAUUAUUGACUCACCACUCAUACCCCUGAUCCUUGGGUACCCUUGGCUGUCCCAGCAUAACCCAUUCGCGGACUCGAGGGAGGGGAGGAUUAUUGCCCGGUCCAGUUAUUGUAAGAGGGUUUGUUUGAGGCAUGGUGUUCUGACACCGAGACACUCCCGUGACCCUCGCUGGGCAGAUAUGCCCCACCUCUCUGGAUCCAUUUUCAGACACACUCACUCUAACAGAGCAGGAUAACAGAGAUGCUAAUUCCCAGGGACGGCCUGUAAACGAGGGGAGAUUGUGGGGAGAAUGAGAAGGGGGAUGUGAGAAGGAUUUUGCGGUAUCAGCAAGUGAUGAAGUUCAGUAGCCACUGCAGUGUCACAGCCACAGACUGUGCAUUACUCAACCCUGACAAUGAGGGAAGAGGGCAGUGACUGCGUUGGAAAGGUUUGGUGAUAAACUUACUAAUGUGGCAUGUGUAUCUGGACAUUAGGGUGAGCGGGCAGGGUUUUAGGUGAAGGGAAGUUAUGUAUUGGUCAGGAUGCACUCCAGUUGUUAAGAGGGGAGAUUGAUGAUUUACUUACUGACUUGAUGGCCAUUGAACUUCUCACACAGAUCGAUAUCCUUCACUGUGACGCUGACCCCCAGUUCAUCCCAGACUCAUUGCCAACUGGCUUGGAGCUGGAUGACGUUCUGGCCCCCUCUCUCCUCCUCUCUUUUAUUCACACUCCUGUGUACCGUCCGGCCUGCCCAACAUUCUACCCCGUGCUCUUUAAAUAUCCCAUUCUCUUGUCACUGUCGACAUACUGUACCUUCACAAGCUUUCUUGUGAGAAUUUCCUCUCCCUCCCCAACCUGAGUCUUACUGUUGGUCUAAUCUCAUUCCCCGUCCCUCUUCACCAGCCCCACGAUAUCCCACCCAGCACACUUCCUGCCAUUCGUUGUUUUAUUUUACACUCUUCUGCAUUUGCAUUUGUCUGGUUCACACACUCUGCGUAUUCAAUAAAUAUCUCAGAAACUCCAGUUUCGCUUUCCGCUCACUUCCCCUGACCUUUCCCACUCAGCAUUUUCACUAUGACUUCCCAACUUCCCCUUCUAUCCUUAAACACAAAGGAUCAUUUUGUUUCCUGCCUGCUCCACAUUUCCCUGUAAGACCCCGGCUCCUUCCCCACUGCUGGCAGAUCUCUCAAUCAGUCACCCCUUUCACAUCCCUUCCCAGUGGCGCGCCACUGUCCCAGAUCUGAGCCCCGCCUCUCUCAGGUACUCCAAUGUUGUCCCUUCAGCAUUUCUUUCUGCAUUACAGUCUUUGUCCACUCUGUCGUGCUGUAUUUGUCACUUUACUUAUUGUUACGUUUAUUAUUACCAGAGCAUUGUUUACGCUGUGAGUUUCACCUGAGCAAUGAAUUUCCUUGCACCCACAUUACUAAUCUGUAAUCUGCAGAUUUUAUCCCAUGUAAUUCCACACUCAAGAUAUUGUUCAGACCCCUCUCAUUCACACUCUUCUUUUAGCCCUCCUCCCCACAAACUCUCCACCUUCAGCAAUGAUCACUCCGUCCAUGAUUCCUUUGUCCAUUCGUCCCUCCUCACUAAUCUGCCUCCCUGCACUUAUCCCUAAAAGUGGGUACUCCUGCCCACUCACCUCCUCCCUCACCACCAUUCCGGGUCCCGAACCGUCCUUCUGGGUGAGGCAACACUUCGCCUGUGAAUCUGCUGCGGUCACCCGUAGGGUCUGGUGCUCCCAGUGGAACCUCCCUUGCGUUGGAGAGAUCUGUCAUAAAUAGGGGGACUGCUCCGUCGAACACCUCCACUCCAUCCGUCAAAUCAGAACUUCCUGGUGGCAAACCAUUUUCAUUCCACUUCCCAUUCCCAUUCCAAUAUGUCAGUUCAUGACUUCCAACUUGACAUCUUCCUGAUAUCCCCACUGUCACUGACGCCAGUCCCCAGACAAUUCACUCACUCUAUGUGGUAUCAAGAAUUGGCUGAGAUCACUGGGUACAGCAAAAACUCCAGAACCUGAUGACUUCCCAGCAGCUGUACCGAAGAGCAGUCCUCCAGGACUCGCUCCACCUCCAGUUAAACCUGCAUGAUUACCUGCGCCCCCCCCCCCCGCAUUCAGUUUACACUGUUAUCACACUGAUUAUGGAAAAUAGGCGGACUGGGCAGUAAACUGAUAAAGGCCCAGUGAGAGGCCAUCGAGCAGCACUCACUCAACAAUAACCUGCUCAUGGAUGCUCAUUUUGGGUUUCAUCAAGACCUUUAGACCACAAGACAAGACAAAGGAGCAGAAGACGGCCAUUCGGCCCAUCAAGUCUGCUCCGCCAUUUUAUCAUGAGUUGAUCCAUUCUCCCGUUUAGUCUCACUCCCCCGCCUUCUCACCAUAACCUUUGAUGCCCUGGCUACUCAGAUACCUAUCAAUCUCUGCCUUAAAUACACCCAAUGACUUGGCCUCCACUGCUGCCGUGGCAACAAAUUCCAUAGAUUCACCACCCUCUGGCUAAAAAAAUUUCUCCGCAUCUCUGUUCUGAAUGGGUGCCCUUCAAUCCUUAAGUCAUGACCUCUUGUACUAGACUCCUCCAUCAUGGGAAUCAACUUUGCCACAUCCACUCUGUCCAUGCCUUGCAACAUUCGAAAUAUUUCUAUGAGGUCCCCCCUCAUUCUUCUAAGCUCCAAGGAAUACAGUCCAAGAGCAGACAGGCGUUCCUCAUAUGUUAACCGUCUCAUUGCCGGAAUCAUUCUAAUGAAUCUUCCCUGUACCCUUUCCAAUGUCAGCACAUCCUUUCUUAAAUAAGGAGCCCAAAACUGCUCACAGUAUUCCAAGUGAGGUCUUACCAGUGCCUUAUAGAGCCUCAACAUCACACCCCUGCUCCUAUACUCUACUCCUCUAGAAAUUAAUGCCAAUAUUGCAUUCACCUUCUUCACCACUGACUCAACCUGGAGGUUAACCUUAAGGGUAUCCUGCAUGAGGACUCCCAAGUCCCAUUGCAUCUCAGAACUUUGAAUUCUCUCCCCAUUUAAAUAAUAGCCUGCCCAUUUAUUUCUUCUGCCAAAGUCCAAACAUGGAUCAAAAAGAUGCAUUCCAGACAUGAGGCGAGAGUGACAGCCCUCAAGAACAAUUCAUCCUUUGUCUGUGUGCCAACAAGGAGCCCUGGUCCAACUGGAGUCAUUGGACAUCAGAGGGACAACAGUCCAAUGGCUGGAGUCUCAAAGGAAGCUGUGUUCUGUAUGUAACACCCUGGUUACAGCUUUACUGCUACACUGCAGGUAUUCCAUUUUUAGCAGUUCUGUAAGAGCAGUCUGUUCUGCUUUCAGCCUGUCUGGGUUACUGCUGAAGAUAAGGGAUGCCGAGGAAUGUGUGUUAUCCAUUCAGGAAGGUUGGUCUUGGUUUUCUUUUGUUCGGUGGGAGAUGGAGAGAGAAGACGCUGGAGAGAACCGGUCGUAGGAUUUGACCUGGUGGGGAUUCGUGAUUCAAUGGAGUCAGGUGCCGAGAUCGACUGAGGAUCGGUGAAUAUGAGUUUUAGGAAGAGUUGAGCUCCAACUUGUGCACAUUUGACUGUCAAAUUAUAAUGGGUCCUUUUUGUUUGUUUUCCUUUCUUUUCUUUACUAACCCUUUAGUUAAGUUAAGAUUCAUAAAUAUAAUUCCUUUAUUUGUACGCAGUGUGCUGUCUGUUGUUUCUGGCAGUGAGUUGUAACAGGGCUGCAGAUAAUACAGCAUCCACACAAACCAGGGUUUGGGCUGGGAGAGCCAUCUCAAUUUCACUGGUUUGGUGGGACCGGAGUGUGUCUUCCCUGGACUUACGCAGCCAGGGAAACCAGCUGGGUUUCAUGUAUUUAAUAUUUCAGUAAGAGUUGAGUAACAUUGUAAAUACAUUGUUUGAUUAAGCAUUCUUUGUUCUUUACAUAAUUCAUUACAGGUUAUACAGUAUGUAAAAGUAUGCAAAUGGCCUCUAUCAUUACACUGACACGUCAUAAGUGUGCAUCUCAUUAAAGUGAAAACAAAACUAAAGUAAACACUUUAUUCCAGGCUCUAUGUAUUCCUUUCGAUAAGUUUUAUGUUUUGGAGUUACAAAACAUAACAGUGGUGAUGAGGUAAUUUUGGGAUGAACCUGAGAUGACUACCUACCUGUUGAAGUGCAGUGCGACAUUCCAGUUUUUAAAAAAGGCAGAAAAGGGCCAAAUUCAUGAGUUCAUUAACAGUGAGUAGCAGUUGAAAAUAAUAAUAAAUUUAAAAUAUUCAGAAGUAGCUAACUACAUCAGAAAGAUACACAUGUUUGAUUGCACAAGAGAUAACUGGAUAUUGUAUGCCAAGCAAAUUGAGCAGUAUUUAAAAGCAAAUGCAAUAUCCGAUUAAAAGUGAGUGCCAAUUUUGCUGAGAGCAUUAGAUGGGAAAGCAUACAGUUUGCUUAGAAGUUUAUCUGUUUGAAGCAAACCAGUCAAAAUUAACACUGCUGAUAUCAUGAAAGUAAUGCAGGAAUAUUUAGAACUGAAACCAUCGUUGAUUGCAGAACAUUCUAGCUUUCAUAAGCAGAUAAAAAAAGGAAGGGGAGUUCAUUUUCAGCAUAUGUGGCUGAAUCGAAGAGAUUGUCAAAGCAUUAUCAGUUUAAUGAUGGGCUUAAUGAUGCACUGAAAGAUUGUUUAGUUUUUUUGGAAUCUUACAAGAAUACAUUCAAAAAUGGCUCCUAACUGAAGCACAACUCAUAUUUAAAAGAGCAGUUGAAAUUGCUGUUUCAAUGGAAACAGCAGACACAGAACACAAUCGAGUAGCAGUCAGGAAUGAAAGUGAGCAUGAACAGAUUUGCAGCGCCUAACGAGAAACCGGCCUGGCUGAACAAAUUGUGUUACCAUUGUGGCAGGAACUCACAUACAUCAGACCGAUGUAGAUUUAAAGGUGAAGCUUGCGGAAAAUGCAACAAAGUAGGACAUAUAUAAAGAGCAUGUUGGGCCAACAAAAAUAAAUGGACUGCACAGAAAAAAAAGAUAAAGUCAAGUAGUAGUUUCAAAAAGAGCACCAACUGCAUGCUGUUGAUGAAAAAUCUGAUAAUGAUGAGAGUGAAACAGGACUUGGUAGCCUUGAGAUUUAGAGUGUGAAAACUAACAAUAGCCAAACAAUAUGGCUUACACCAGAAGUAAGCAGCAAAUUAAUUAAAAUAGAAUUGAACACUGGCUCGGCUGUUCCAGUCAUUCCACAAAAUGAAUUUGAACAGCAUUUCAAAAAUAAUGAACUGAAGCCUGUAGAUAACUAACUAAGAACUUACUUUGGAGAAAAGAUACUACCUGUGGGAAUGACAUUUGUAACAGUGAAAUACAACAACCAACAAGCCACAUUGGGCUUGUAUGUGGUAAAAACAGGAAGGCCAGCAUUGUGGGGACAUGAUUAGCUGAGACAACUACGACUCAAUUAGAGAUUUACCCACCAUUUGCAUUCCACAUCCCCUACAACAGAGUUGACUGAACGCAAAUUAAGAAAGGUACUGGGUGAUGCCAUGCCAGUGUUCAAGGAUGGCAUUAAAAAACUCAAGUAUAUGGGUAAAAUAGUAUUGAAUGAAAAUGGCACAUCCAAGUUUUAUAAAGCCAUCUGAUUCCUUAUAUCGUCCAUGAUAAAGUAACUAGUGAGGUUGAUCACAUGAAGAUCACAUGAAGACUGAAGGAAUACUUUCCAAGGUUGAGUGGAGUCCGUGGGCAAUGCCAGUGGUUCCAAUAGCCAAGAAGGAUGGGUCUGUCAGGACCUGUGGCAUUCUAUAUCGAGGUUGAGUUUACUGCUAAGCAGGGAAAAUGUAUUGUGUAUUUAGUAUUUCAGUAGUCUUUGAGUAAUAUUGUAAAUAUACUGUUUGAUUAAGUAUUCUUUGUUGCUUGCAUAAUUCAUUAUGGAUUAUAUGUAAAAGUACAUGAAUAACAUACGUCAUUAUACCACCACGUCUCCAUGAAAGUAAAAACAAAACUAGAGAACACCCGUGAUUCCCAGCUCCGUGUUUUCCUUUCAAUUAGUUUUAUGUUUUGGAGUUCCAAAACAUCACAAGAUGGCUGCGUUUUCUGGAGCUUCCACGGUUACAGAUUAUUUCUGGUUAUUGUUCCAACGGGCACUGGCCAUCUUCGUUUCCCAUGGCAUUCAAUAUUUCUGUUUGUGGUUUCCAUUAUUUCUUGGUAUGUGUCCCACAGGCACUGACCACUGCUUGUUGUGAUCUUCAAGGCACUGGUGAGUUCUGGGUAUG